UGAGGCUCACUCACUUACUGAUUUUCUCACUCUACUCACUUCAUUCAGUGCUUUGUCUCAUUAUAAUUACCUGCAACCCUUCUUUCUCUCUCCUCCAUUCACCCCAACAAACCUUCUUUCUCUCUCCUAAACCCCCCUCCACCUUUUCAAUACCCCCAUCAACCCAUUCCUCCUCUCCAUUAAUAAAAACCCUUCUUCUUCCCACUUUCCUCACUUUUUUCCCCACUCACGCAUUUCAUCAAACACCUUCCCUGCAUCCCUUACCCAGAAACAACAAAAAAAUGCCAACCCCAGGUUCAAUCUUGAGGCAGUUAAGCGCGAAAGAAGGGUGGAAAUCAACAUCAAAGAGAUGGGCGAGUUACGGAGGUCGUAGCACCCAUGGAAGAUACAACUCCUAUGGCGGUGAAAGUGACAUGGGUUCUUGCUGGAAACAAAUGUAUGCGAAUGAGUAUGGUGGUGGUGGUGGUGGUGGUAACAAUGGCGGUGCCCAGAAAAGGGUAAUGGUUGUUGUUGAUGAAACAUCAAGAUCUAAACAUGCUAUGAUGUGGGCACUUACUCAUAUUACUAAUAAGGGUGAUUGGCUUACUCUUCUUCAUAUAAUUUCUGACUCUGAUUCUCACUCUAACAACAACACUACUCUUGCUAGCUCUCUUGGUUCUCUCUGCAAAGCUUGCAAACCUGAGGUGGAAGUAGAGGCACUAGUGAUCCAAGGUCCCAAGCUAUCAACAGUAUUGAGCCAAGUGAAGAAGCUAGAAGCAUCUGUGCUAGUUUUAGGCCAAAAGAAACCCUCCCCAAUAAUGACAUGUUUAUUUGGAAUGAGCAACUCAGAGGAUUUUGUGGAGCAGUGCAUAAACAAUGCAGAGUGCUUGACAAUUGGAGUGAGAAAACAAAGCAAAGGCAUGGGAGGUUACCUCAUUAGCACAAGGUGGCAGAAGAAUUUCUGGUUAUUAGCUUAAUAAAUUAAAAGUUAAUUUAAUUUAAUUUAAAUUAAAUUGAAUUUUAUGUGGGUUUGUAGAGAGAAAAAAACAAUGGGAAUAUAAAGAAUUAUUAGGAAUUUAGAAGGGGAAUGAAGAAUAUUAUUAUUAAUAAUUAUUGUAGUAAAAUAUUUGGGAUUAUAUGUUAAACCCAUGAUGUAAUUACUAACUACUAAUUUAGAUCAUUAGAUCUGUUUAUGAAAUGGGAAAGUAUCAUAAUCAUGAUUAUCUCCUUUUUUUAAAUUAAA